GAACCCACAGAGGAACUCAGGCCCAGUCCAGAUGGGAGGAGGGUUAUGGGCAGAGCCUGGCAUUGUGCAAGAGCAGUGCCCCUUCCUGUUUAGCAGCUGAUGUUGGCUUCCGGUUACAUAGACUUGGGGCCCAGGCUGCCCAUCCCCUGGUGAGUUCCCUAUGUGCUGGUGUGACCACCAGUGGAGCAGGUGUGCAGACCUGGGCUGAGGCGGCACCAUGGCCCCUGGGAUGGCUCUGCUGCUUGGACUUGUGUCUGCUCUGGACCAGAGGCUCUGGGCCCACAGUGGGUCACCCUCCCAGCCCUCCAUCUGGGCAGAGCCAGGAGCUGUGACUCCCAAUGGCAGCUCUGUGAGCAUCUUCUGCAGGGUCCCUCCAGGGGUGACAAGGUUGUACCUGUUUCGUGGGGAACCCAGCGACAUGUGGCAUGACAUCAGCUCUGAAGGAGCCCAAGAUGUGGUUGAGUUCCUCCUCCAGAAUGUGGUACACACGAACGCAGGGACGUACCACUGUGUCUACUGGGAGCGAGAAGUCUGGGUAGGAUUCAGUGAGUCAUUGGAACUGACGGUGACAGGCAUCUACAAGGACAAACCGUCUCUGACUACUCACCCAGGUCCCCAGGUGGCCUCGGGAGGAAACGUGACUCUCCUGUGUCAGGCGCCUCACUUUUAUGACAACUUCAUUCUUUGCAGGAACAGAGGAGCUUCCCUCCCCCAGGACUGCUCACACCAGGGCCACCACUCGUUCCUCAUCUCCCCAGACAGCCUGGCCGAAGGUGGGACCUACACGUGCUAUGUGUCUCAUAGAACGUACUCCUGCCUCUGGUCCCUGCCCAGCGACCCUCUUGACCUUUCUUUCACAGAUUACAGAGCAGAGAAUAUCAUCCAGUUGAGUCUGGCUGCCCUUGUCCUGUUAGUCCUCAUGGCUUUGCUGAUGGAUGCCUGGAAGAGCAGAGGAGACCUGAUGAAGGGACCACACUGCCCCCCUCUUCAGCUUCAGCUUCGUCAGAAUCCAACUCCAGCAUUAACAGCGAUCAUGUUCUCUAGCAGCAUGGACUCUUCCAAACCCGGAGGAGAGCCGUAUGACAGGCAUCUAGAGGGAGGCCAGGAGAUGGUGGAGUUCUCCCUGCAGGGGGUCACACAGGCCAUGGCAGGGGUCUAUUACUGCCAUUACUGGAAGAAAGAAAUCUGGUCAGAAUGCACUGAGUCCCUGGAGCUGAUGAAUGACAAACCCUCCCUGACUGCUGUCCGAGGCCCCCAGGUGGCCUCAGGAGGAAACGUGACUCUCCUGUGUCACUCGCUGUACCUCUAUGACUCCUACCUCCUGUGCAGGGGAGGCGGGGCUUCCUUCCCCCAGGCCUGUUCACGGCAGCAGCACAGCUCAUUCCUCAUCUCCCCUGUGAGCCUGGGCCAGGCCGGGACCUACGUGUGCUAUGGCUCUCUUGACCUCAGCUCCUAUCUCUGGACUCUGCCCAGCGACCCCCUUGUGGUCUCUGUCACAUGUCCAGCCCAUCCCACUGUCAUUGUGGUCUCCUCCACUGCUGCUGCCUUCCUUCUCCUUGUCCUGCUCCUGCUCCUCCUCUGCCUCUGCCGGCGUCGGGCCAAACGCAGGGCUGCUCACCACGGGACCAAGAGCCAGAGGAGCUUUGGCCCAUGCAUGCAGAUCCAGGGAGACAAUAAAGAGGGUAUCUUGGAGGACCUUGAGCCUGAGGCAGAUGGACAGAGGGACACACAGGUCUCCAUGGCUGAGGACCCCAGGGAGGUGACCUACGCCCAGCUGUGGCCAGAGGGGCUCAGGGAGAGUGCUGCCCUGCUCCCCUCCUGUGAGCCUGAGGAGCCGUCCACGCAGCCCUGUGUGUAUGCCACCUUCACCUUGUCCUGAGGGGCAGCUGGGCUGGCGGUGUGCAUGGCUGUGGGCAGGAGCUCCUCAGCCAGGUUGGCUCCUAGAGGGGUCCUGCCCCCGUCCCCAGCCAUCUACCGGCUCCCAGCCCCUCAGAGACUCAAGUAGAGAGAACUUCGUCAGCAGUGAGGAGUCCUGUGGCUCUGCCCUCUUGGGCCUCUGAGCAAGGUUCCUUGUGUGCUCGCUCGCUCGCUCACUCGCUCUCAGGCUGCAGACCCACCUCGUGUCUCCAGAAGCCGACUCUCUCCUUGGACCCUCAAGGGGUGGAGAUGGAGAUGAAGAAGACCGGGCUGCUGGUCUCAAGGAGCUCAGCAUUGCUGCAGGAGGCAGGCCUGGUACCCAGCCCGCGGGGUGUGGGGGGCAGCUGGGGAGCACACGCAAAGGGCUCUGGGCUUCUGAUCACACCAUGCAGGCGUGGCCAAGGAGAGCCCCAGGCCUAGUGGAAGUCGAGGAGGAGUGGUGUGUGUUUCCGUGGCUUGGUGCUGUGAUUAAUGCUGCCCUAGCAUGUGGCACGGUGUGUUUACGAGGAAGAGAUUCCUUUUGCUUGGCAUGUUCGGGAAGUACGGUGCCUCUAUUUUUAGUUUCUGUAGGUGCUUUCUCCUGUUUUCCAGAGCGGCUGCACAGUGCACACUCCCGCUGUGGAAGGGCUCCCUCUCCACUCCCUCGCCAGCACCUGUUAUUUCUCCUUUUUCUGUAACAGCCACCUGACGGGCGCGUCAGGUCCCAGUGGUUUUCUUUUAUGUUCACUUGAUGGUUAGUGAUGUCGAGCACCUUUUCGUAUACCUGUUGGCCGUUUUUAGAACUUGUUUGAAGAAAUAAAUAAAAUUGGGGUCUUUUGCCCAUAACCAAAUAAGGUUAUUUAUUUUUUCCACAGUCGAGUUUGAGUUCUUAUUGGCUCCUUCUUGGAUGGAAAAGUGGAUAAAGUGGUGAUGAAUAUAUCCAUGUACACAGGGUAAUGUUGUUCUGCCUCUGUAAAGGAAGAAGUCCUGCCGUGCUGCAGCGUGAGUGAAUCUUGAGGAUGAUAGACCAAGAGAGAUGAUCCCAACACAGACAGGCAGACAACGCAUUAUCUCUUAAGCAUGGAAUCCUACAAGAAGGUCAGGUACACAGAAAGAGAGAAUGAAAGCAUUUACCAGGAGCAGCGCUGAGGAGGACCUGAGGGUGUUGUUCAAAGGAUCCAAACAGCAACUGCAUGGGAUGAACAGCCCCAGAGAGCUGAUGCACAGCUUGCUGACUCUACGUAUCUAUUGUGGCUAGGAGUUUUGCUGAAUGAACGCAAUUUACUAGCAUUUGCCACAUACAGGAAGAUAUGUGUGAUGAUGGAUAUAACCUACUUCACUAUGAUAACCGCUCACUGUCUAGCUGCAUCUCAAACAUCAGACUGGAUACAUCAAAUACAUAAAACAGGCCAGGCAUGGUGUGCCAUCCUGUAGUCCCAGCACUCCGGACAUGGAGGCAGGAGGUUUACAAGUUUGAGCCCCGUCUGGGAACAUCAGCAAUUUUAAAAUACAGAAGGGCUGGGAAGCUUCUAGGUUCAAUCCCCAGUGCUGCAAACAGACAGAUAUGUGUAGUAAACUUUAUGAAAAUAAAAGAGAAGUGAACCGCAGCUCAGGCAGGGAGGAAGUUCCUAACGGGAUUGUGGUCCGGUGUCCCGGGCUCUGCCGAGAACUGAAGCCUUCAGGGUAGUGGGAGAAUGAGGAAGCGGUUUCUGAAAGGCAGCUAAGGCCCUGAGCUCUCUCUGCCCUCCGUUGCCCCAUGGGUGCCUCCAUAGGACAGGGGCCGAGCCACGUUGACAAGGAGUGUACAGAAGGUGUUCGAUGGGCGACUCACGGUUUCCCCACAGGUUUAACAAGUUCCCCAGUUCGAUUAUGCGAUAAGAAUUAAUAGAGCAUAGUAAAAAAGGAAAUGUGAACAGGAGGAGAGGAGCUAGUGUUGGUAUGAAGCACGAGGCUCUGACUAAGUUUCAACAGAAAGGUGGAGAAGGCGGACGUGGUGGGUGGAGUGAGGCACAGGGACGUCGUGUGUGGGUCGGGAGAGGAAGAAGCAGGGGGGAAUGAGGCAGCUGCUGGGGUGGGAAAGAGAGCUGAUGCUUGGCGGGGUGGCUCAGGUCCUGGGUAGGAUGGGUGGAGCCCGGGUAGGAUUCUGCUUCUGCACCUGCCAGCUGCCCGAUCACGCGCAUAGUUCAUAAAGUGUCCUCCCAGCUCGGACGAGCAAGGAGGAGAAACUCAGCACUGUUAGGAAUUAGAGAAGGGGAAGUUCCGGCAGUGGGGCUACCUUACUCCACACCCAUCCAUCCUGAGAGUGUCCUACUCCGCACCCAUCUGCGGGAGGUGAUCUUAUCCGCGCCCGCGCCUUCCGCGGUGAUCCUCCUCAGCGCCCUUCUCCGGUGAUCCCACCCCGCACCUGUCUGUUUUGAAGUAACACUGCUUUGCCCCAGUGUGUUCUGAGCGAUCUUGCUCCAGGUUCACCUGUUCUGAGGCGAUCUCACCCCGAGUUCAUCCUCUCCGAGGGAGCCCACUCCGCCCCAUCGUUGUGAGGCGAUCUUACCCGGCACCUUCCCACUCCGCGGUGAUGACUUUAAACCACGGCCCCUUCCUGGGAUGCCCUUACUUCACACCCUCGGGAGUCUCGCUCGCACCCACCCGUCUGGAGCCGCCUUGCUGCACACCCGCUCGGGCUGAGGUGCUCUCUGCAGGGAUCCGUGCUGGGUGAGAGGCCCCAUCUUGUAUUUUGAAGUCCUAAUCUUCACCACCUCAGAAUGUGACCUUAGUUUGAAAUAAGAUCCUUAAAGACACAGCUGGUCAGAUUGAGGCGAUCCCGGAGCAGCACGGACACCUAAUCCGAUAGGGCUGGCAGAGCCCCAGCCUCCACAGGAACGAUCUUGAUCUCAGCCUUCCAGAUGCCCUGGCCGGGAGACAGCAGAUCUCUGUUGUUUAGGUCACCUGUUUGAGGCACUUUGCAACGGCAGCCCUAGAAAACGGACACACUAUUGGAACAGCGAAGAUCACAGGUCCCACGGUCCCGGGUUGGGUUGGGGGUGUGGGGACCCUGGUUCUGCUGGGAGACAAGCACCUGUGUGACAGCUCUGGAGUGCAGUUUGGCAUCGAUGGAGUGAAGGACACUCAGUCACCUACCACAGAAGGCGACUUUCUGGUUUUGCUCUGUUUGCAGCAUUGUGGAUGGAACCCAGGGCCUUUCCUCUGAGCUACAUCCCCAGGCCUUUCUAUUUAUUCGGAGACAGGGCCUUGCCAAGAGAAUAAACUGCUCACACUGGGCUUGAAUUUUUGAUCCUUCUGCCUCAGCCUCCCAGAGUGCUGGGGUCCCAGGCUUGCACCACAGUGCCUGGCUGAGGACUCAGCAUUUCGGUCAACAGCAGGCUGUGCGUACCGUGGUGUUCCAUGAGAUAACAACGGAGCUGAAAAAUUCGCAUCCAUCAUAAGCUUGCAGCAUGGGUGUGAAUUGUGUGCCGUGGUGAGGCUGGUGCGCUGCCAGUCAUUAAAAGCACAGCACACAGGACUGUGUAUGGUACAUAACGCCUCACAGUGAUUAUAAAUGACAGUGCUAGUGGUUUGUGUGCUUACUGUAGUUUUACAGUUAUUUUAGAGUUUAGGGCUCUGUUUGUAUUUAGAGAAAAGCUGAAUGAGGGCCAGGGAUUUAGCUCAGUGGUUCCGAUGCUUGCCUAGCAAGUGCAAGGUUCCGAGUUUGAUCCCCAGUACCAAAAAAAAGAAAAGAAAAAAGAAAAGCUGACUGUGAAGCAGCCUGCCGCGUUCACCAACCGCAGCCUCAUGCACCUCACACUUGGUGUCUCCAGCUGUGCCAGUGACUUGCUCGGUCAGUGGCUGGCUUGCUGAGUGACAUGGCUGUGUUUCAAACACACUCUCACACAUGUCCAGUGAGGGUUUGUGUGGGAUGACCCCGGGCUCAGCAAUGUGCGCAGCGGAGAGUUUUGGACACAGUCUGGCUGCUCAGCACCGGGACAGUGAGGGCCAGUGAGCUGGGAGCAGGCGAGAGUCCCGUGCAGGUGCAGGGAGGCCACAAGGCACAGCAUCCCCUGGGUGGAUGAAUGGCUUCUAUGCCAUCAUGGGACUUCUCAUAACAGCAUUCACGGGUGGAUGUGAAGCUCGGGGGUGACACUGUGAGGCCCUGGGUUCCAUCCCCAGCACCACAAAAAAGACGAAAGAAGGAGGAGGAGGAGGAGGAGGGAGAAGAAGGAGAAGGGAGAAGAGGAGGAGGGAGAGAAAAAGAAUACAAUAUAAAUUUCAAGGUACCAAAUAAUGUUCAUCUGUCAAUUUUUUUAAAGGAAAGAAAUUCCAAAGAGAAAAAUAUUUUGAUCUCAUUUACUUUUAACAGUUUAGAAUUGUUCUUGGAGCUGGAGAAAAGACAUGGGAACUGAGGGGGCAUAAGCUCAACCAAAGGAGAGAGAUUUUGCCUAGGUCGGGGUGAGCAAGGGCUAAGCCAGAGGAAGCAAUUACUCUGCCCUCAGCACCCAAGUUUCCGCUCGAAGAACCAUGCACCUGGAAGGUGGGGCCCAGCAGCACUCGCUUCCCAGGGCUGUGUGGCAGUGGAAUGAAGUGAGUGAAGGGUGAGCGACAGGUUAAACCACAGAUGUUGGGACUACGAUGAGGGUCAGGAACCAUGGGUGGAUUAUAUGGCUUGUGAGUUAUAUCUCAGUAAAGCAGUUUUAAAAUGAGUUAAACCAGCGUACUGGUUUAAAAUAUAGAGAAAUGUGCCAUUCUGGUGUUUUAGCUGCACCUUAAUGAAAUUACACAUUUUAUGUAGGUUUAUUUUGCUGCAAUUGACUUUGCUGUUAUCUGCGUCUAUCACAAAAUGUUUUUUGAGUAAAUAAUUUUUAAAAGACAAAAACGAAGAACCCCACAUGGUGUGGAACAGGGAAGUCUGUGCUGAGUCUCUUGGGUCUCCCUGGCCCUCUGUGCUGGUCCGGAGCUGUGCUGACUCCCGCCCUGCCCUUCCCUUCUGUGUUGCUUUCCUUUUCAAUGUUGGCUGCUCUACUCGGGUGAGGGAAUCUCGAGGUGCCUUUGCCAUGCUUUUCCCUGACAGCUACUGGAGCUGGGCAUUUUGUCAUCUAUUUGUUGGCCAUUUGAAUUUCUCUUUCCAAGAGGUAUCCAUUUAUACCCUGUGCCCACUUUUUAAUUGGAGUAUUUGUUUUUCAUUUUAAGUUCUAAAAAAUUCUGUACAUAUCCUGGAUGUCAAUUCUCUGCCAGAUGAAUAAUACGCAUGUAUGGAAGUAUAAUACUGUACCCCAUAAAUCUGAACAAUCAUUACAUGUUAGUCAAAAUUUAAAAAAAUAUUUAAGAAGGGGGCCAGAGAUUUAGCUCAGUGGUGCCACCUCCUGUCUUGCAAGCACAAGGUCCUGAGUUCGAUCCCUGGUACCAAAAAAAAAAAAAAAAUUUAAGGAGAUGGAAAUGUUAACUUCCCUGAAGAGUGACCUGGGCUAUUAAAUUAUAACAAAAAUAAAUUUAUCUCCUAAAGCAAAAAAAAAAAAGAAAUAUUAACUACUCUGUCUUGAUCAUUAUACACUGUACACAUGUAUAAAAGUAUCACUCUGUACCCCAUAAAUUUUUCUAAUUAAA